UCAGGACGCUAGAGAAAGAGAGUGUGAGAGAAAGAGAGAGAGAGUGAACGGAAUAUGUCAUGUUGAUUAGUGACCAGCACGUCUACAGAACGUUUGGAUAUUUGGAGCGGUUUUAAAAUGGAUUAAUUGAUGCGGUGGUAGUAAUCUUUUUACACCUGGAUUGAACUCGUCGAUGCGCUCGGAUUAUGAGGAUAACUGGUGCGCAUGUUUAUGAAUCUCAAGGCGCCACAAUUUACCGUUGAGAAGCAGCAAUACUGCACUGGAGAAAACAUCGAGGUAGCAAACACAAGCACAGUCAUCCAAGGAAGAGUAGCUGCUGCCAAGGGGAUCCAUAAUAAAUACAAAUACAACUACUGCGCGCUCACACUUCAAGUCCAAAUCCCUCAGCCUGGACGAGAGCCUCCUGUCCCGUUCCUGUCGUGCCUGACAGAAGGUACUGUAGCCCUCAAAAUCUAGGAGAUAUGAGGGAACUCUGUAUCUGGUUUCUGAGAGUUUCCAUGCUUCUUCUGCUGCUGCUCAGGCCAAAUCCCCUGGAUUGCCAUCUUACUACAGACCACAGGAAGGUUCCUCAAAGGGCAGAGCCCCAGCAGCAGGAGGCUGGAGGAGGGCAGGGUGGGGCCCCGGGCUCCUGGGGCUCCUGGGGGCCCUGGUCCUCCUGCUCCCGCUCCUGUGGGGGAGGGGUUCAGGAACAGACGCGACCCUGCCUACCCUCCUACACCCCUUUCAUGGGUGCAGCUGCCUACCCCUCCAGGCCGGGUGGCCACCACCCCCAGCACCCCAACCAGAACCCUGGCCAUGUAGUGUCUGCCCUAAGACCCACUGUCCCGCUGCACCGCACCAACCCUGGGAGACCCCCACCCUACAAUAGCAGCACCAGCCUGGCCAGCCGUGGGGAGCUGAGGAACCAGCAGAGAGACAGAGAGGCCCAGGCCCAGGCUGGACGCAGGAGGGGCAGUGACAGUCCCGUCAUUCCAGGGAAGUAUGGCUAUGGGAGGAUGCCUUACGUUGUGUCUCUCCAGACAGACACAGGCCAGACGUCUGGGACUGGGACAGAGACAGGAACUGGUCGCUCCCACAGACAGAGACGCUCCCCGCUCUCUGACCCCAGCCCGUCAGCCACCAGGCACGGAGGCCACAGGCCAAACCCCUACCGUCCACCUUACAGCAACCCACAUCUCCACAGCUACAGCCCAGUCCAUCACCAGCCCCCAGCCUCCCAGCCCAGGGUUAACCCUAACCCUAACUCAAACCCUAACCUAGCCCCCCAGCCCAGGUCUAACUCUAAUUCUAACCCACCCUGGUCCUCCUCACUCUACCAGCCCAGCCAGGGGCACCAACCUAGGCAGGAGCAGCAACACUCACCCAGCCGGGCCUCAGCAGCUCAGCAACCCUUUGGACGGCCCUACAACCCCCUGUCCACCUCCUCCUGUGUGGGAGAGCACAACCAGUACAAGAUUUGCAACACCAAUGCCUGUCCUCCAGCCAGUAGACACAUCAGAGCGGUGCAGUGUUCUUCCUACAACAGCCAUCCCUUCAUGGGUAGACUGUAUGAGUGGGAGCCUUUCAAUGAAGUUUCUGAGGACCACCAUUGUGAGCUCAACUGUCGCGCGAUCGGUUUCCGCUUCUACGUGCGUCAGUCGGACAGGGUCAUCGAUGGGACGCCGUGUGGCCAGAAUGAGACUUCCAUCUGUGUGGAGGGGAGGUGUCAGAGUCUGGGCUGCGAUGAGUACCUGGGCUCAGGCAAGGUGAUGGACAAGUGUGGGGUGUGUGGCGGGGACAACAUGGCCUGUAAGCUGGUGUCAGGGCUCUUCCAGCAGCACAACCUGAACAAGGUGGGCUACCACAAGAUAGUGGAGAUCCCAGAGGGAGCCACCAAGAUCAACGUCACCGAGACGGUGAAGAGCAGGAAUUACCUGGCUCUGAAAAGCCGCUCAGGUCGCUCCAUCAUCAAUGGGAACUGGGCCAUUGACCGGCCGGGGAAGUAUGAGGGAGUGGGCACCAUGUUCACCUACCGACGACCCAAUGAGAUCACCAGCACCGCCGGGGAGUCCUUCCUGGCUGAGGGGCCAACCAAUGAGAUCCUGGAUGUUUAUGUGAUCUACCAACAGCCCAACCCAGGAGUGAGCUAUGAAUUCAUCCUUCCCUCCGACAACCCUCAACAGCAUCCUGAUCACAGGAAUCCAGUCCACCCACAGCACCCCAAACACAGGCCUGGAGGGAACACUUUGCAUGGGCAAGGUGGGAAUGACCACCAUGGCAACCCCAACCAGGAGGGGUACGAUCCAGCAGGAGGGGGCAAGUACCCUACCCAGGUACCCAACAACCAGGUGCCAGCGGUCCAGCCACCCAGACGGCAGAGAGAAUACAACUGGAAACUGUCUGGGGCAACAGAGUGUAGCGCCUCCUGUGGCAGAGGUAGCAGGUACACCAUCUUCCGCUGUGUCCACAGACUGAGCCAUGAGCAGGUACCAGAGAACCAGUGUGACAGCAGCACCAGGCCCAGUUCACAGGAGGAGCCCUGCAACCUCCAGCCCUGCCCUGCCUUCUGGGACAUUGGUGAGUGGUCGGAGUGCAGUAAGACAUGUGGUCUGGGUAUGCAGCACCGCCAGGUCUUGUGCAGGCAGGUGUACGCCAACCGGACCCUCAACGUCCACACCAGCCGCUGCCGCCACCUGGAGCAGCCUGAGACCACCAGCACCUGCCAGCUGAAAAUCUGCAGCGAGUGGCAGAUACGCACCGAGUGGAGCGCCUGCUCUGUUCCCUGUGGUGUGGGCCAGAGGACCAGGGAGGUGCACUGUGUCAGCAACGUGGGAGACUUUGUGUCGGACGAGGAGUGCAACAUGAAGCUGCGACCCAGUGACAAUGAGAACUGUGACAUGGGGCCCUGUGCUAAGAGUUGGUUCUUCACUGAGUGGGGGAAUAAGUGUUCUGCUGAGUGUGGGAUGGGCGUGCGGACGCGCAGCGUUCUGUGCCUGACCAAUCACAUCAGCAGCCUGCCUCUGGAGGGGUGUGGUCAUGAGCGCCCCGCUGACUCUCAGGUCUGUAAUCACGGCCCCUGUGAGAGUCGCAUCGAGUGGUUUACAGCCCCCUGGAGUCAGUGCUCAGCGGAGUGUGGCUCGGGCAGCCAGCAGAGGGCAGUGGUGUGUCUGAUGAAGUCUGAGGAGGGUUUCAAUGUAAUGCCGCCAUACGAAUGUUCCUCUCUCGACAAGCCUCUUAAUCAGCAGAGCUGCCACCUCAAGUCCUGCGGGGCCAAGUGGUACCAUACAGACUGGAGUGCUUGUUCUAAGACGUGUGAGGGGGGCUUCCGUGUGAGGGAGGUGCGCUGUCUGUCUGAUGACAUGCUCUCCAGUGAGGGCUGUGAGGAGCAGCUGAAACCAGUGGAGAGAGAGGAGUGCAACCCAGAGCCCUGCGUCCCACACAUAGACGAGAACUGUCGAGACAAGUAUUUCAACUGCAAUGUGGUGGUCCAGGCACGUCUCUGUGUGUACGACUACUACAAAACAACCUGCUGUGCCUCCUGCACACGAGUGGCCCACAGACAGUCACAACACAGGGGACUCAGCUAGCCCCCUCUCUCCAGGCCUCAGACCUCUAGGGGGCCUGACACGGUGCCCAGAGCAGGCCCUCAGUCCCUGGGCCAAACACACUGACCCACAGGGGAGGGGACAGUCUAGAACCUGACUCUGGGUGGACACUAUAAUAUGAGUGCUGAAAUACAGACUGAAAAACUGAAAGACCGUAAAGAAGCCAAACUUGUUUUUGGCUUGUGAGGAGAUUGCCAAUGGGCAAUACGGGAAACUGAAUGGUUCGUGGAGGAUGGUUGUGAAGGACACGUUUAACAGAGCUAUGAGUGGAGGCGCGAUGAUCGACAGGGCACCAAACCGAAGAAUCUGGAACCACUUUAUGGACUGUAACCAGAGUCCCCUCCAAUAAAAGUUCCUGUCUGGGCUUUUGUUGUGUUUCGUGGGAAGCAGUUUGUUGCUGCCAUUCACCUGAAUGGCUUAAGGUCUUGAAAAAGGUAUUUGGCCUAAACAUUGACAAAAUAAACAACGUACAGAGGUAAUAUCAGGUGUGGGAGUUAUCCUUCUUACAACUAAGGACUGCUACCGCAUCUGUGAUGAGACUCUUGACUACCAUGGCUCUCUUGGAUUACAUGAAAGGAGAGGAAGAUACAGUAUGAAAGGAAAGCAAGAUUUUGUUUGUUUUGCGUAAUGUAUAGACUGCACACAUUUUAAUAAGCUUCUUUCAUCUUUAAAAUCCACAAUAUUUAUGAUCUAAUUAACUACAUGUAGUAUGAAGUUGCCCAAGCUUGCUCUUAAAUUAUCCCCAAUUACGUAUCAUGAGGGCUCUAUUCAAUACUCUCCGACAUAGCAGUUUAGUUGACCAAAGAUUUCAGUAUUUCACAGGAGGACAUGUCAAACAGUAAUUGCUCAAUCUGUCCAGAUCUAGGGCUCCAUUUAAUCUGUACCAGUGAAGCGUUACAGAUGGCGCAAUAUAAAUGUUAAGGUAAUUUCCGAUUGAGCCGACAUAUGCAGUGUUUACUGUGAUGCAGUCUCCACUAAUGCGUAACAUUGCCUUUAAAUUUCUAUCACGCUGUAACGCUGAACUUCCGCGAUACGGAUUAAAUAGAGCCCCAAGUUAUGGUGCUAAGACAACUGAAGUUGUAAAGUGUUUUUAAGUGACAGUUUACCAGUUUUACACAGCAACCCUCUAACAAAUGAAGCUCUAAAAUGUUAAUGAUAUCUUGUUGUAGUGUAUCAUAUAUUUUGCAUCACUGCUGUGUGUGAUAUAUAUAUAUAUAUAUAUAUAUAUAUAUAUAUACACACACACGAAUGAGUGAAUUAAGACGUUGCUGAACUGAAGGCAAUUCAGUAGGUCCUCCCAGUGACUGAACAGAGCAGAAUGCCCUCUUUAUUUAUUUGUUGGGAUCCCCAGGGAGGGCGCUGGUUUAAAACGUCUGUUACCUCUCCACCAAUCGCUGCCUAGGAAAGGGAUGUAGGCAUUCCAGAGCCCACUGGAUGGUUAAAGCAGAUGGUUAGAAGUUCUAGAACACUAUACUUCUUAAAGAGAAGGUAAAAGAACUACUACAUUUGUGUGAGAUAAAAAGGAUUACACCAUUGUACAUUUUUAUGCUCAUGUGAAGAUUGAAACGUUAAUUCCCUAAAAGGAUACUGGGUUAUUCAUAACACUUUAUAACUGCAGUAAUGUACCACCAUUUUCACAAAUAAAAUAAAAAAGUAAAUUUGAGUAAAUUGAAACUUUUACUCAUGUAGGCCUGGUAAACACCUAAACAAAAGGUGAUACAUUGACCAUGCCAGUAAAGUAUUAUGCCCCACUAUUUUGUCCUUUAUCCUGUAUUGUACCUCAAGAGCAAGGAGUUCCUUUUUGAUUCCAUCCAGCAUAGUAACAUUCACUGUAAUAAAAGGUUUUGAGGACAUAUUUAUCAUGGUUGAUGUGUUCUCAUCCUGUAUGUACUGUAUAUGUAAUGAGAUGCUACAUCUGAGAUGGAAUCUGUAGGUAAAGACAUGAUAAUAUAGUGUAUUCAAUGCAACUUUGUCUGAGUUAAAGGGAAUUAACUGAAUGUGCCAACUGCCAAGUAUUUAAGUUGAUGAUUUAACACUUAUUUAACAUAACACUAACUUUUUUUAUCAGAGGCAUGGGGUAUGACUGAAAUGCUAUACUUUAGUAUUUGGAAUUCUAAUGCAAGCAUCUGCAAUAAUGGAACUACACUAGUACACUACUUCAUAAUGGAAAUGGGCAAGGUUUGAUUGACACUGUUUUGGAGAGAAUGGGUAAAUAAACGUAUGUUGUUUGUACUUAUUUAGUGCAUAUUUGUA